GAGAUAGUGAGUAGUUUUUGAAAACAAAACAAAACAAAAAAAACCGUGUAAUUUGUGUGAAUUUGUAAAAAAGUAAACGCCUCCUAAGAUCAGGGUUAAACCCGAAACAGGACACGUGUUCAUGUUUUUCUUUAUUAGACCUGGAAACGUUUCGGUACCAGGAAAGAGCGGCGGAGUGAGACCUCUUCUCUUUGCCUCCUCUCUGGCUCCCGUCAGGACUCCAGUCAGUCACAUGACAGCGCUGGGAAAACCUCCUGACUCCCCGCUCCUCCUCCUCCUCCUCCUCACUCUGUCAGUGUGUGUGUAUAUGUGUGUGUGUGUCUGUUAGUUAGCUAGCUGUUAGCUCUCAUCAACCGCAGGAACGACGCGAACAUGGCGGACACAGCCAGGGACCCUCCGCCGGAGCACACCAACUUCCAUGAGCUGGAGGACGGGGAGGACCUGUUCCUGGAGCCGGCUGCCGCACAGGAGUCAGAACCAGAACCAGAACCAGCCAGUCUACCUGCUGAAGACAUCAGCACCAACUCAAACGGACCCAAACUGGAUUCACUGUUCGAUGACGAUCCAGAGGACCUGUUUGCAGAGGCCACAGAGGAGGUUUCGUUGGACAGUCCAGGGAGAGACGUCCUGCUGUCUGACGGCCCGUCACCCGCCAUCACCCCCAUCACCCCUCCCACCUCCGUCAUCACCCCUCGCAUUGGCUUCGCCCACGACGACAUGUUCACACACUCCUCCUUCGACGAGAUUGAAGAGGAGGAGGGCGGCGAUUCAUUCGACAUGCACAUAUCAGUGUCUGACCCUGAGAAAGUUGGUGAUGGGAUGAAUGCGUACAUGGCCUACAAAGUGACAACCAAGACCUCCAUGUCUCUGUUUAAGAGCGACGAGUUCUCAGUAAAAAGGCGUUUCAGUGAUUUUCUGGGUCUGCAUAGUAAACUGGCCUCCAAGUACCUGCACAUAGGCUACAUCGUCCCCCCCGCACCGGAGAAAAGCAUUGUGGGGAUGACCAAGGUGAAGGUGGGGAAGGAGGACCAGUCGUCCAACGAGUUUGUGGAGAAGAGGAGGUCGGCACUGGAGAGGUAUCUGAUGAGAACAGUGAAGCAUCCUAUCCUGCUGAAGGAUCCCGACGUCCUGCAGUUUCUGGAGAGCUCAGAGUUGCCGCGGGCGGUCAGCACUCAGGCUCUGAGCAGUGCCGGACUUCUGCGAAUGGUCAACAAGGCCGCAGACGCUGUCAACAAGAUGACCAUCAAGAUGAACGAGUCGGACGCUUGGUUUGAGGAGAAGCAGCAGCAUUUUGAGAAUCUGGAUGUUCAGCUGAGGAAACUUCAUGCCAGUGUGGAGUCUCUGGUCUGUCACAGGAAAGAGCUGUCUGUGAACACGGCGCAGUUCGCCAAGUCGGCGGCCAUGUUGGGGAACAGCGAGGACCACACGGCUCUGUCCCGAGCUCUGUCCCAGCUGGCCGAGGUGGAGGAGAAGAUCGACCAGCUGCACCAGGACCAGGCCAACGCAGACUUCUACCUCUUCUCUGAGUUACUGGGCGACUACGUCCGCCUCAUCACCGCCGUCAAGGGUGUGUUUGACCACCGUAUGAAGACGUGGCAGAAAUGGCAGGACAGUCAGAUGCUCCUGCAGAAGAAACGAGAAGCUGAAGCCAAACUGCAGUUCACCAACAAACCAGACAAACUGCAGCAGGCCAAAGACGAGAUCAAAGAGGAGAUUGAGGAGCUGGAGGGGAAGGUCCAACAGGGAGAAAGAGACUUUGAACAAAUCUCCAAAACCAUACGCAAAGAAGUCAGCAGGUUUGAGAAAGAGAGAGUGAAGGACUUUAAAACGAUCAUUAUCAAAUACCUGGAGUCUCUGGUUCAGACACAACAGCAGCUGAUAAAAUACUGGGAGGCCUUCUUACCCGAGGCGAAGGCCAUCUCAUAGAGUCCACACAUACACAACAGACAGUCCUGACAGGCUCCGGUCAAACUACACUACCCACCAUGCACCUGUCCUCCCGGGUCACCCUGAUCCUCAUGUUUAUGCUCAGAGCGAAGAAGAGAAGUGAGGCAGCGAAUCAGCUUGAAGUGACUUUUCUGCAGUUAAAAAAAAAAUCAACAACAAAACUCUUGAUUUUACAGUUCACCAUCUCUUACUCCUCUUUUUUUUUAUUUUUCUGAUGAACUCUGUGCUGCGUUCAAGUCCUGUGAGAGUAAUUGUCGUUCUCCUGAUUGACGCUUUCACAAUAAUAUUAACAACUGUUUUGCACUCCUCGUGUUCUUCCUAGUGUUAUCAGAAUUUAGGAAGUCUGAGGAAAAAAGUCAAAAUCGACUAACUCUUCCCGCGUGGGAUCUUUUUAAUAAUCUGAAACCUGUGAUGAGUGUUAUUUUCAAAGAUCAAGCUCCCGUAUGACCUGAAUGCAGCAUGAGUUAUGAUCCUCUCCACACAAACAGAUUCUCAUAUGGUGUCAGUAUUUACGCUUUGUUGAUUUAUUUUUUCACCAGACACGAGGGGAAUGGGUGAGUGAAGAAGUAGGUGGAGGAAUCCCACUCUGUAAAAUUGUGUUUGAGUUUAUUUUUAAGGAUAACCUCAGUGCUCCUCAACAAAGACAGAUAUCCACAUUCUAAGGUAAAGAAAUUAUGUUUUUCAGUUCUCCUUCAGGUCUUUGGAGGUAUGGAAGCACGUUCCCGCCAUAAAAAGGAAAAAGAAAAGUUAGGAAUGAUGAAAAUAAAUUGUCAAAACAGGGAAAGUCAAAACAAUGUGAUACUUAUUUCAGAAGUUUGACUUAGUAAGUUAUAAGAGACAAACAGAAGUCACUAAAGCCCUGUAUCAGCAAAAAGGAAACGGGUGUUUAUUUAAUGCCUGUGCAUUUUUCACAGCACAUCCAGUUUUCUGUGCCGGUGCCUGUUUGCUUUUACAAAUGUUUCUGUCGUAGUCUGUCGCUUCAGGGUUCGUUAUGCUUUUUUCCCCACAAAUUUCCACUACAAAAAUAAAAUUUUUAGGCUAAAGUUAUGACUUUAUUGAUUGAUGACGUUUAAAUCCACUUUCCAAAUUCGCAGUUGUCAGUAAUUUUUAAUUAAGCGUAAUAUCUGUGAUGAAGUGCUCUAAACUGAAGCUUCACUUACUAGCUGUUUCCGGGGCUUUUGACUGUAUCCCACUGCCUUUUUCAGAAAAUAAAACGGAUUCAGAUGUCAUCGUGGACCUGGAAGUGCGGUACCUCUGUCACGUGAUAACAGGUGGUCGAAGGAAGAAGGAGAUUAUACUCCCCUUCUUUUACCGAAACCGGCCAUGUAAUGACAACUGAACAAGUUCACUGAAGAAAGCUGUGGGAUAUGGUCAAAAACUCCAGAAAGUGCUAGCAAGUGAACCUAGCAACAAGUCUAUUUAUAAGCAGUAUAUAAACAACUAAAAAAUGGUUAAUAACACACUAUAAUGGAGUUGUAAACAGAUAAGUGUUUGUUAAUUAUUUGUCAACAACUAUAACUCCUCCUGUGGACACCCACAAGUGGAGAGGCUGGUGUAUAAGCAGAUAAUGAAUGACAAUACAGUAAAACACAGCUGUACUAAUAUAAAAUAUGUCUUCAUAGGAGAAGUUAUAACUGUUGACAAAUACUUUAUAUUAAUAAAUACUUAAAAAUGUCUUUAACUGCUUAGAAUUGUAUUAUUAUAGUGUGUUUUAAACAAUUUGUUAAAUGUUGUAUACUGCCUAUAAAUGCUAACUGGGGGGGACUUUAAAGGAAAGUGUUCAGAUACGUGUUCGCAAGCUCAGGAAUGAUGCUCGACACUUAAGUCCAUCAUAACGGUCUCGACUUACCAUGAGAAUAUUUAUGUUUAACAUUCCCGACUUUUCAUUUCUUCUAGUUCUCCUGGCAAGAAAGGGCUUCCAUACGUUCUCCCUAAAUACUACAGUACCCAUGAGCCUCGGCGGCGGUUGCUCAGAGUUUCUUAGAGUCAAAGCUGUGAAGUCACAGUUGUAGCAUGUUCAGAAAAAUUCAAACGUUAAUCGAUUGAAAAUCUUCAGAAGCUUUCUGAUUGGAUGUGUCUCGCUGCAGUGUUCUCGCAGAACUUUUUUUCAAUGAAGCAGAAACAGGACUGAACCCUGAACCACAUAAAUAACAUUUCCACAUUAGUGGAUUUAUCCUUUAUCCAGCAGUAUGAGUUGUUAUGCUGACCAUGCUAACAGCUUCUUUUUGUAGAACAGAACAGCAGGUAAAUAUGGGAACCUUUGUCCACUAAAACCCCCCAAAACAAACCUUUAAAUCAGAAUAUGUGGUUUUAUUUUGGAGUUUGGAUUGUGAGCUGUGAAACUGAUCUGGAGUCAGUGAUGAAGGACGACUGGCUGCAUUUUUUGCUAUUGUGUGUCUUGUACUUCCUGUCACCUGUUCAAUCCCCUCACUUCCCUCAUGCCUUUCAAAGUAAGAGCCCUUAAUUUGGUUGCUGUAUGAUCGUAAAGUGAAGGCAACGUUUUUCUGAGCAGAGAAGGAAGAAUCUCACGUUUCACAAAGAAGAAAACCAAAUCAAACGCAGGUGUAAAUUCUGAUUUAAGCACCCAAACCGGCGCUGGAAAAUGAAAAUCAUAUUCAUAUGUCAUAUUGGCGUUCACAAAUCAAACCAGACAGCUCUGAGAGUAAAAUGAUGUUUAGGAGAACCAGGAAGACAAGAUGUCAAAGGAAAGUUGUUGUUUUUACAACCUGGGUCUUGUUUUUAAAGAUUUUUAAUCCUGUAAGUCGUGAUAACAUUUUCUUCACCAAGUUACUCUUAUGUUAUCAUAACCAACCGAAUUAGACUGACAGGCUGAACUGUUAAAAUAAGAUCCAGUAUCCAGUUUCUAACUGUAAAUCUCUUUAAAACAGACCUGUGGUGCCUGAGAUGCAUCGCUCAGUAGAAUCACUUUUGACCUCAGUUUAUUUCAUCAGAACAAUGACACUUUUUUUCCCCUGUAGCAUCAUUGAACGGGGCCUUAAGGGGCCAAAACGGUCUUGCCGUGGAUCCAGAUCUGGUUUGGGAAGCAGCUCUGUGUUUGAUGGCUUGGCGCUUCAGUCCAAACUGGAAGAUUCAGACCAAAACUAGAGGGGUAACAAAGUAAACUGAUCCCUGUUAAGUCACGUUAGAUAACGUGUUCUGUCGUAAAAUACAAAUAAACAGUCGAAUCCAGAAAAACUAACGAACAGCAGGUCAGAACUGUGAACAGAACCUCAGUGUUGUUCUUCCUCCUGUUCCUUUUCUCAGUAAGGGCACUUUUGAUGUUUUGGUUUAUUAAAUUUAACAGGAAGUGAAGAAAUUAAACAGCUCGUUAGCAUCUUUAGCAUUUUCAGUUUGGAUGCUAACAAGCUGAUUUCACUGCAGAUGAAGGAUUUCCUGUUGAAGGAGGCUGAAGUGUGUCGGUAGUUUCAGGCGUGGAGGAAGUGAGCGGCUGUCAGGUGACAGAGUGUGUGUCCGUCCAGAGAGCGGCCUCAGACUGUGAGGACUAUUUUUACCGGCUGUUUCUCUUCCUUUUGAUCAGUGUGAGGGCUGCAGUUAUAAAUAUUUCACUGCAAAUUCCACAGAAUCCUUUCUUGAUUUUAUUUUGUUGAAUUUAAAGCACACCUCAUUAUCAGAAUAAAAUUAAAACUGGAAACACAUUAAUUUUUUUUCCCAGCCCUCAUCGCCAUUACUCCUCAAUCUUAAAUCAUACAACACUGUGUUGAUUGCUACCUUUUGUAUUUUAUGCAAUGUUUUAUUCCACAUUUUUUGCCGCCUAAUGAUGUGCAAUGGUUGAGAAUUUUUUGUUGUUUUUUUUUGUUUUUAUUUUCACAGAUGAUGAAAUGCUUCAUCUGAGCAGAUCUUUUUUUUUUUAUCUUUGUUUUGACGUGACAUUCCUGCGGCGCGGCAGAGCAGACUUUAAUUACAAUAAAGGAAUGUAUCUCA